AGCUAAUCAAUUUGUGCACGGUAGAGUAUGUAUAUAUAGUUCCUCUUCAACAGCUCCUUCUUAUUUAUCUUCCAUUCCCAUAUCUGAGCAAAGCCGGAAUCAAUUCUUGUCCAUCAACAGUAUCACUCUUGGCUUUUCAAAUGAGCUUUCUUUUGAAACAUAAUUAAGGAGUGCAGGUGACAAGGUAGAAGCAUGAUGAAAGCUCGUCUUCCACCACCACCGCGCAAUCAGUAUCCAUGGAUUGUAUAUUUCUAUGAAAAACAAUACAAGGGACAGAUCUUUUACGACGCGGAAACAGGAAAAUGGGAGAAGAGGAGGAUGCCAAACAUGUCAAACUCGCAGAUCUGCACCAGCAGCUCUCAUGGCUGGUUAGUCAUGUUGGACUUGCACCCAAAAUCAAGCAAGAGUUGUUUUUUGCUAAACCCCAUCUCCAUGGAGAAGAUCAAGCUCCCCCCGUUGCCAAAACCCUUGAUAAGUGAUGUUGGAUUUUCACCCAAGUAUCAAUGCAUCCUAACCGCGCCUCCAGGCGACCCCACGUGUGUAGUCGCGUUCUUCCAACGUUUUGGGGAACACGCCAUGUGGUGUCGUCUAGGGGGCGACGCAAAAAAAUCUCAGUGGAGGGAACAAGAGUUUGAUCGCCCUCGGCCAUUUACUUUCUCUGUCCUUUGUGGGACCAAUAUUUAUUGCCUUAAUCUAAAGCAUAAAAAGCUCAUGGAGAUGAGUUUUGAUGAAGAGGGGCGAAUGGAAGCGAGGCCAUUGUUGUUACCAGGAGAAAAGAGAAUUGGAAAGGUCCCUUAUCCUUAUCCUCUGCUCGACAAAGAGCAGGAAGAAGAAGAAGUUGAUGGGAACCAUUAUAGGGCAUGGGAAAGUCUUCCAAGAGAGCUUUUGACACAAAUAUUACAACACCUCUGUCUUGAUGAUGCCAAAAGCUUUCACAAAGUCUGCAAAACUUGGGACUCACUUGAAGAUCCUAAGGACCACAACCCCCUCGCCUUUCCCGUUGUACAAUCUCAAUGGCUUGUUCACAAAGACACUUACACUAGCACCGUGUUGAAGUUGUUUCACCCGGUUUACGGCCACGGCCCACACUGCAUCGACAUCCCCGAGCUCUCCCUUUCAAGUUUGGCACAUUCCAACAACGGGUGGCUUCUAUUUUGCAAAGGAUUUCAAGAAACUUUCUUGGUCAACCCCUUUACCAAUGAGAGAGUGGACUUGCCCGACAGACCGAAGGAAAUAUAUAUGAGCGGAAUCUUCUUGUCCGACCCAACCUCUCCGGAUUGUGUUGUUUUCGGUCUUGAUAGUGAUGAUUGGAAUCAUAUUUUGACCAUCUGUCGCCGCAAAGAGACUUGGGAGGAUUUCUAUGACGUAAAUGAUAACGACUUAAGAUUUAGAUCCCAAUGCGCUCCAGCUCUCCACAAUGGCAAGUUGUAUGUCUUGGGCAUCGAAGGCAACUUGAGGGUGUUCGACUUCGAAGGGCGAACUUGGAAAGUUCACGAGGUUUCGGGUCUACCUCCCGAGCUUGGCAAGACCUAUGAUAGCUACUUGGUGCAGUGCGAAGGGAAGUUAAUGGCAGUGUAUAUGUCUUACAUGGGGAAACACAUUUGUGUCCUUGAAUUGGACGAGAGGGACAAAAUGGAAUGGAAAAAAGUGGAGUGUUUGGGUGAAUACAUGUUGUUUGUUAGCGGGCGUUCAUCAUUUGCGGGCAAGAAAGUUAGAGAGGGGAUGGAGAACAAGAUUUACCUCCCAAGAUUCCACAAACAAUAUAUUGUGUUCUAUUGUCUUGAGACGGGUUUGUUCAAGACAUUCGGUAGCAACUUUUCUAAAAAAGAUCUUUUCGGGACGAAAGAACAACUGAGUUGUUGUUGGAUGCAGCCAAGUGCUACUCGUCCUUUUUCUUCAAAACCUGUGCAACUUGAUUGGUUAGAGUCUUCCAAGGACUGAUACAUAUGCAGAUGGGGAGGCAAAAUAGCCCAUUACACUUAUUCUCCACUAGAUAUGUUUACUUGUAUAGUGUUCUAGCACUAUAUGUAAUAUAUUGCGACAUGAACUUCAAUAUUGUACUAAAGAAAACUCAGGUUAUGUU